AUGGUGGAGAAGGUCUAUGUUACUUAUAAUCAGGUGCACAAGCUGUGUCAAGCUUCAGCAGACCGCAUCCUCAAUGACUUCAAACCAAAUCUUAUGAUUGCCAUCGGAGGCGGAGGAUAUAUUCCAGCCAGAAUGUUGAGAUCAUUCCUCAAACAACCCGACGGCGCCAACAUUCCCAUCCAAGCCAUCGGCCUGUCGCUAUACGAGAACCUAGGCAGAGACGAUGAUCCCGUCGAGCAACUGGGCACCAAAGUCACACGGACACAAUGGCUUGAUCUCAGCUCGCUGGAGAUGGCUAAUCUGAUCGGGAAGAACGUGUUGAUUGUUGAUGAGGUGGAUGAUACACGGACGACGUUGGAAUAUGCUGUGCGUGAGCUGCAGAAGGAUGUACAGGUGGCGCAACAGCAGCUGGGUAGGGAGGGGGAGAAGACUACGUUUUCUGUGUUUGUGUUGCAUAACAAAGACAAACUUAAGAAAGGAAAACUCCCUGCCGAUAUGCUGGAGAGCGGGCGAUAUCUGGCCGCUGUCACCACCGGUGACGUCUGGAUCUGCUACCCCUGGGAAGCCAAGGACAUUGAUCAGCAUGAUCAACUCGCGGCUGAGCACCCGUUGACUUGA